CCCAAACUCUCUGGUCAUGCUCGCCUGCUCUUAAAAUCUGCUUUCUCCUCCAGAUACCGCGACCAGUUCAAUGCUGUGUGCAUGAAAGUGUUCAAUGCUGGCCUGGCGCAUGAGGAACAGAGGCAGUCCGAGUUGGAGCUGCUGCAUGAUGCUCUUCAUUUGGCCAAGAGAGACGCCGAUUGUUAUGCCAGAGGAGUGGUGAAGAAGCUUGAAUCCCAAGUAGAGGGAGUGCUGAAGACGGCUCAUGAACUGCGAGAAGCCGAGGAGGCCAGCCUAGGCGAUGACCAGGAAGCCCAUGCAGCCCGAGUGACGAAGACUGUGGCACUUAAAGAAGAAUUUGAAUCCAAUAUUUGUACCAUCACUCAAGACCUUCUGAAUGCUGAGGUUACGCUGGCUGAUCAAAUCAAGGACGUGGUAGGACGGGCCAGGGAGGAGCUGGGUACUCUGGUUGGAAACUUCCUGGAGGAGGCCGCUGCAGAGCUCCAAGAAGGGCGUCGACUUGCUUAUUCCUUCUACUGUCGCCUGAGGGAACUAACGUCUAAGGUCGUUGAGAGUGGCGGCGUGAGCUUGGAAGGAGCGGACCCGAGGGCAGCCAGGGUGUUCGAAGGCGGAGACACCCUGACGGCGGCGCUGGCGGGGAUUCACGACCGUCACUUGGCCCUUAUAGAUGCCAGGGAAAGUGACCUGCAAGACCACCUUCACCAGUGGCUCACAGACACUCUGAAUCAUAUUGAGAAGAUGGAGUGGGCAAGACAUCGCAGUCGAGUUGAGGAAAUUACGACCCUCACGGCGAGACAGAGGCAGCUUGUGUAUGACGCCAUGCCGCUUUUGCAUGACUAACAGAAUUUUCGUGGCUUGCUCUCCCAUACUCCCUAUAAGCAGCAACAGGAUCUGAGUGGCUGGUGCUGACAAACUGAUGCGUACCACCUGUGGACCAGCGCUGAGUGUGACGCAUAGUGAUUCUAGAAAAAUAAACUAUAAUUUUACAUUGAGAUCGUUCACACAUUCUGCAUGAAUCCUUGUCAGGAUACGUUAUACAUCAGGCUGUGAAUGAAUAUAUUAAUUCUGAUAUUUCUUGCUUUAUGUCUGUAUUUUUGUAAGUUGUAAUAAAU